GCUUUCAGUCAGCGCUCAGCUGAUUUUAAUUUGGAAAGGUUCUAAUGUUAGUACUGCAUACUGCUUUUCUGAUUUUUCCAUUCUAAGUGUUUUAAAAGUAAAACUUUCAAGAUCGAAGAGCUAGCUUAUCAGGUGGACCAAAGGGCUAGAUCCUAAGUAUAUGUCAACUCAAGGUUUUUCAAUCGCUUCGGAGAUUUCAUUCCUGUCAAGUCGCACGGCAUUGUCUAAAGAAUUGAAUCACUGACUCCGGAUUGAUACUCUUUCCUCUCAAUUUGAGUACUGGCUUCCAUGAUAAUGAAUCAAGUAGCUAUUUCCUUAGAGCUCUGAGCGCAAGAAGGAAUCAUGGGCUCCACCACUCAAGUCUUCAAGGAUCUUGCAGGCAAUGAAUGCGCGGUAUGUCUGCAAACAAUAAUUCACCCUGCAGUUCUUCCCUGCGGCCAUGUUUUCUGCUUCCUAUGUGUCAAGGGCAUCGCUUUCCAGAACAAAUGCUGUGCAAUGUGCCGUCAAGAGAUUCCUUUGAGUUAUUUUGAUAAGCCUUGUCUUCUGAAUUCACCGAAUACGAGCAAAAGUAUUGAGCCUGUCUUUGAGGAUGGCUAUCAGUGGUUUUAUGAAGGCAAAAAUGGUUGGUGGCAGUACGAUGAACGAACAAGCGUUGAGUUGGAGAAUUCCUAUCAAAAGGGUGAAAAAAUGUGUCAGCUCUUGAUAGCUGGGUUCAUAUACGUAGCUGAUUUUGAAGCGAUGAUUCAAGUGCGGCAGAAUGAUCCCUCACGUAGGCGGAAAAUCAAAAGAGACCUAGCAACAAUCCAGAAGAAAGGUGUCGCAGGACUGCGCCAAGUGGAAGCAGACUUAGAAGUCAAAGCAAGCUCUUUACCCGAAUCUAGCGAAUCUAAUGGAGACUCGUCAGAGAGAUCUCAAGAAGCAGAGGGUUGUGACAGCCCAGAAAACAGUGAAAGUGUACCUGUUUCAUCGCCUGAAGAUGACACUGUAGACAGCAUUUUAGUUCGUUUCCGAAGUUUCCGACUUAGAAGUGAGUCAAGCGAUGAUAGUUGGUAAACUUAGGGUGAAAUUUUGAUCAUGUUCUCAAACAUUGUCUUAAUGCUGGAGGUUUGAAUGCUUCAGCUUUUGCAUUUCCUAUAUUCUUCUCUUGUUUCAGUUGUUAUUUUUAUUUUUUCUUUGUUUUUGCGUGAAACUCCUGAACUGAUGUAGUCUGAAUUUCAACCUGAAUCUGACUGCAGGUGUAAUUAGUCUAAACAAACCCUUCAUUAAAAGAAUUUGGUGAAAACUUUCGGAGAUAGUAGCAUUGAUUAAUGACUGUAUGGUAAUGAAAUCCAUAGAUUCCUAAAUAAAAUUACUAACCUUAGAUUAUCAAGAACUUUACAGGGACUUAGGCUAUUUUGAUAAUAAUAUUUACGAAGGUUAGGAUUGGUCUCAAAGCAUUCUAAUGCAGCUUGUUCUUACAGAAACCUUUGAUUACCAAAUAUCUUUCAGUGUAGGUAAUCUAAGAUAACCCUUGGCUUUCUUUUUUCUGAAAAUAUGAGCUUGAAGAUUUUAGUUAUCUGUUUACUUCAUAUCAGAGUUUAUUAUGAGCUUUCAACUCAAAUCUCUAUCAGGAUUCGUAAUUUUGAACACUACUCAUUGCAGGCAUUGUUCUUUUCUGAACAGAAGGCCGAUAAAAUCUUUUUCCUUGUAUAAUUUGCAUUUGACAAUCAUUAAUGAUCUUGCUUUUUCCAAAAGUUGUUUUCAUUAUUUUUAAACGUACUUCAUCUCUGCAAAAGUAUCUCCCCACUUAGAUUUUAUGAUUCUGAAGUAAAUCCAAUCUCUUAACAAAGUUCCAAAUUCUAAAAUUAAUUAGAUAGAUUUUUUAAGAUCACGAUUUCCUUAUCAUUUACUUUUAAGUGUAACUAAAUUAAAUUUAUUCUUACUUGUCAGACAGCGAGCUUCUAAGGGUUUAGCCUCUUUUUCCACAGGUUUUUUUAAUUGUUGCACUCAAAUCAAGGACAUGCAGGAUGAAAGGUGAUGAUAUAUAUUCAUCUCAAUGAUGAAAAUAGUUACAAUUUUAACCAGUUUGUACGGUCCCAACCAACAUGUAAUAAAUUUUGCCUCAAGUUAUAUCUUAACUUUGCUAUGCUAAUGAAAAUUACUUUGUUUGUGGCACCUGUUAAUUUUUCUUUGCUGUCAUAUUUUUAACUUACCAUUCAUAAUUUCAAAGUCUAAAUGUCAGGAAGGAAAUUUAUAAUUUAUAAAAAUACCUCCUCUGAAAUGUUACUCUCAGAUUUCUAGAGGGCUCACUCAUUUGCAGCUGAGUAACUAUUGACAGGUUUAUCUACGGAGAAAUGAAUUUUUCCUACUUUUCUUUGUCUUUCUCUUUACCGCACAAUUUCUACAUGAUUCUAAAUCCUGCAAUAUCAGAAGUUUUAGUUUUUUUAUCGCUGUUUUCUUUAUGCCACAGUUCUUUUCCCUCACUGUUUCUUUUGGCAGAAGGGUUUUGUAUUAGACUUUCAAAACUAUUAUUUUGUUCAAUUUUACAAAAUUUUCGUCAAUUUUGCAAAAGAAUGUGAAAUUACCAUUUUGUUUAUUGCGUUCAUCAUGCUGGAUGCCAUUUACUCAAUUGCAAUUUCAACAAUUUCUCCCUUGCAUGUGAAAUUUCCCCAGCAACUGAUUUGGUCAAAAGAUGGAAAAAAGAGGUGAGAAUACAGUUCUAUCAGGACUUUUAUAAAGUCUCAUGUAACGAAAUGAAGAGAAGUUAUCAGUUUAAGAAUUAUAUCAAGAAACUAAAAUUGUCCAAUGACUGAAAUGGGGCACCUCUGUUUUUGCCGUUCUCAGUGACCAAGGUUGCAGAUCUCAACUUCUUACUGCCUUUAUUAUGUAAUGUUUUGUCCAUAUUAUUGUAAAUAGAUACAUCUAUGUUUAAGAACACUGGCAUUAUGCUCUGUGACUAUUUUUCGAUCAUUUGCAAUCAAGACUGGUAGUAAGAUACAACACUGUAUUUUAUCAGGCAUAACUUGGCAAUCCAAUUUCACCAGGAGAAUCCAAAAUAAGUUGCAUUGAGACAGGGAGAGUUAUCUCGCAAUUCAUAUCUUUUUAUUUCAAUUGGAAUGCUAAGUAUUGCUCCAAAUGAUGUACAUUGACGGUUGAACUCAAAAACCAUGUAUCUUUGCGCUGUUGUAGAUACCUAGUGAUAAUUAACUUUUUAAUUAAGGCAUUUUUGAUGAAAGGGAAUACAGCAAAAAGUGUGGUUUGAGAAAAACGCCUUUGAAAAUUCUGCACCUCCAAAGCCGUUAACCCGUUUGAACCUUUAGAAUCGGGUUUCAGGUACAUAUCGCUUUGAUCACUAUGAGCCAAAAUUUCAUGUACCUAUCUCACAACUAAACUUGAUUGGAAAUGACAAUUUUGAAAGAAGGAUCCAUAUCCAUCUCUAUUGUACAACGCUUUUACUGCAGAAUAUUGUUGGUGAAACAGCAAAAACUUGUAUCAUUCUUGAUUGGUUAUCUACGUCCUUCCUCUGAAAAAUGUCUCAAUUGGAAACCAUUCAAAAUUAUUUCUGGGAAAUUUUGGUGAAUUUUCUCCUCUUGCUUGAAGAAUAUUAUGUAUUAUUUGAAAAUUUCCAGGAAUGAUGUUGACUUAUCUCCCUCUGAAAAAUUAAAGCAUGAACGUAAAUACUAAAAAGCAGCAGUUGAGAUAUUUGGUUCCAAUGAGUAAGUAUUAACAUGCUAAUGAUAGUGUUGCCAAUGUCAUAGCGUUAAUUGAAGUUAUUUUCACGAAUUUCUGUACAAGUUAUUAUUUGAUGCAUUAUUGUUUAAAAAAUUAUUGUUGUUUAACUGUUGUAAACUUUAAAAAUUACAAGUUCCAAAAAAUAUAUUAUUUUAAAAUUAA